AGAAGCUUCUGUGCCUGUUAUCUCUCCGAUUCAUAUGCUCACUCUUUGCUUUUUCUGCGCCUCGAUUCAACCAUGUCUCUGUUGAAGUCUGGCAAGGUGAUCUCCAGUAUUGGGACUUUCUCCCCGUCCCUGGGAGUUUUGUCUACACGAAACAGUUCAUGGUGGGGUGGAGUGCAGAUGGGCCCCCCUGACCCUAUCCUGGGGGUGUCGGAGGCCUUCAAGAGGGACACCAGCCCGAAGAAGAUGAACCUGGGGGUGGGGGCCUACAGGGACGACCACGGCAAACCCUUUGUGCUCGAUUGUGUCCGCAAGGCAGAGGCUCUGAUUUCUUCCAAGCAGUUGGAUAAGGAGUAUCUGGCCAUCGGUGGCCUGGGGGACUUCACCAAGUCCUGUGCUCUGCUAGCCCUGGGGGCUGACAGUGAGGUCCUCAAGAGUGGCAGGAACAUCACUGUCCAGACCAUCUCAGGAACCGGCUCACUGUGCAUCGGAGCCAACUUCCUGUCUCGUUUCCACAGUGCGUCCCGUGACGUGUACCUGCCCAAGCCCUCCUGGGGGAACCACACACCCAUCUUCAGAGAUGCUGGCAUGCAGCUGAAAGCCUACCGCUACUACGACCCCUCCACCUGCGGCUUCGACUUCAACGGGGCGCUCGACGACAUCUCUAAAAUGCCAGAGAAGAGUGUGAUCAUGCUGCAUGCCUGUGCCCAUAACCCCACCGGUGUGGACCCCAAGCCUGAGCAGUGGAAAGAGAUCGCUGACCUGGUGAAGAAAAGGGACCUCUUGGUGUUCUUUGACAUGGCCUACCAGGGCUUUGCCAGUGGAGAUAUUGAUCGUGAUGCCUGGGCUGUUCGUCACUUUAUUGAGCAGGGCCACAACAUUGUCCUGUCGCAGUCGUUCGCGAAGAACAUGGGCCUCUACGGUGAGCGAGUGGGAGGGUUCACUGUGGUGUGUAACGAUGCAGAGGAAGUUAAGAGGGUGGAGUCUCAGCUGAAGAUUCUGAUCCGGCCAAUCUACUCCAACCCUCCAAUGAAUGGAGCCAGAAUUGCUUCCACUAUUCUCAACACACCAGACCUUUAUAAAAUAUGGUUGGGGGAGGUCCACGGCAUGGCCAACCGCAUCAUCAAGAUGAGGGAGCAGCUGGCGGCCAACCUGAAGAGUGAGGGCUCCACUCACAACUGGCAGCAUGUCAUCGACCAAAUCGGCAUGUUCUGCUUCACAGGCCUCAAGCCUGAACAGGUUGAGCGUCUGACUAAGGAGUUUUCAGUAUACAUGACCAAAGAUGGUAGAAUCUCCAUGGCAGGUGUCACUUCUGGUAACGUGGGAUACCUAGCACAUGGAAUCCACGCUGUCACUAAGUAAAAAGGGGAAUGCUGGGAGAAACAGUGGGGCACGGUGGCGCUGGACACAAUCCUUAACAAAAUAAUAAUGCCCACUCCACCCACCCCUUACAGAGGAACUGGACAUUCUUUAAGACUGUAAAUUGCUCAACUUUGACCUCAACAACGAGGCCACCAUGUCAAAGGUUGUUUAGUGAUGGUCCAAUGAUCUGCCCUACAUUUGACAAAUGGUCUGAUGUCUGUCUUCUACGCUUAUUUUUUGUAUGUCAAAGUUUAACAUUAAUUAACUUAAUAAAUGGCUUAAUAAUGA